CCUGAACUCGGUUCCCCCCGCUGCUCUGCCCAUCCUCUCGUACAACGGAGUCAGCGUGACGCAGGAGACCUGGACCGUGAACGUCACCACCGGCACACAGCUCUUGCUGUCAAUCAAGGACAACACCGGUGCGGGGCAGACCAGUGCCCCGUUCCCUGUCGUCGCUGGCGGUAUGUACUUUCCGUCUGCCUGUGCGUGAGCGGUCGUCGCCUGAUGCUCACUAUCCCAGCUGGUGAUGGUUGCCUGACCGC